UGUUAUUUGUUUCAGUAUUGGCUGUGUGAGCAUACAACAAUCUUACAACCCCGCAACCCCAAUGCCAUUCCACGAUGCGUAAAAUGGGACCUCACAGCCUUACAUAGCAACAUGAAGUCCAUAACUCUGGCUAAGCUAGGUUUAAAUGAGGUAUAUGGCGGCGAGCUAAUGGCAUCACCAACUGAAGCGAAGAUGUAUCGUCAUACAAAAUUGAAUGUGGAGCCAAGACCUGAGAUUUUGUCAAGUGCAGUAGCAAAUAAAGAUGAAAGCAAUGAGGAUCAAAGCAAAGGCAGUCAACGCAGUGAUGACAGGGAUGCAUUUUCUGUCGAUGCAGUGGACCUGAAUGAUGUUGGACAUUAUAUCAACCCCAGCUGUAGCACCCCCAAUGCUGAGAAAGGAAUCAUCAUAGCACAACCAACUGAGCCCGACAUUGUGGAAGUACUCAUGAAAGAAAACCAAAAAGCUUGGGCUCUUGUACGGCAAUGGGAAGCGAAAUACAAACAGUUGGAAGAAUCAUGGGAGUUGAGGGCAAGGGUGAUUGCUGCCCUUGAAGCCAAACUAUUUGACCAAUCGGGCUCAUCCAAUGUGGACAUGCACAUGAAGACUUGCAUGGAGUGGAAAGAUACAGAAAUUCAGCGGCUGACAAAGUUGGUCAUCAACUUGGAAUGCGAAAAAACAAUACUUGAAGACCUUUUUGACGAUCAGUCCGUACACAUCAUCACUCAAGUUGAAGCACAAAAGGCUCAUGACAGCCUUAACAACAAUCCCACUGCAGCAUUGGAACACAUUAUCAGCCCCCCAUCAAGGGUAAAGCGCAUAAAGCAGAAGGUAAGGAAAGAACACAGGUUGGACGAGUUUGAAUACCCCAACCUGCCUGGUCAGAAGAAAGGGAAAGAAGGAGCCGAACAGCAAUCACAUGCAGUCCAAAUUGCACAAGAUUUAGACAAGCAACCACCAAAAAAGCAGCCAACAAAGUCCAAGAAGUUAUCCUUGAACAACAAACUAAAGGUCUGGGCUAACAUGAACAAACUCAACAAGCAAAAAGUCCAAAAUUUGCACAAGAACGGCGGUGAUGAGUUGCUAGUGUGGCGAGGGGACUCAAAGACUAAACAUGUGUAUUUUGAUGACAUCAUACACCUCAUCAAGGAAGAAUCAAUAACCAACAACGUGAUAGAUGCUUAUGGUGAAAUUCUACUUGAACUACAAGGGCUAGUCAACCCAAGUUUGGAAGAUUCAUCAUUCAUCUUUACAAGCACAUGUUUGAAAAUCAUUGAACAGUACCCCCCCCCACAAGAGGAAUAAACUAAUUGAUGUACACAUAAAGGAGUAUCAAGGCCAGAGAUUCU